AUGGGUGAGGAUCCUUCUAGUUUAGAUGCCGAAUUUAUCAACGAGGAUGAUUUAGAAGCAUUUGGCGAUGCAUUGGCUUAUGACGAUAUGGACUCUCCUUCCAUGAAUGCCGAGGAUACCAGUUCUGUCUACCAUCUUUCUAGGGUGCCCACGAUUACAUCACAGUCAGAUUGGAAGCCUGUUUAUAACCUGACCAAGAGUCCGAAUACCUCUAGUUCGCCGCAUACGAGGAAGCGACAAGUUCUCCCCGAAGAAUCCUCUCUUACAUUUUCCAUUCUUCAUUACCCAUUGCUUGUUAUUACGCUUCUUUGGUUGAUUGUACUUUCAUUUGGAUACCUUCUUGUACGUCUUUCUAUCUUUGUGUCCGAGAAGUUAAUUUUUUUUAGGGACAAGAAAGGCAGUGAAUUAGUUAAGGAUCUAGAAAACGCCCAUAGCUACGCUGAAUAUGUCGCCACCGCUAAGCAAUUGGAUGAAUAUCUUGACUUAAACAGUUGGUGUCAUGAAGAUAAGUAUCGCUACUACGACUGGCGUACCUUGCGACGUACGGUCUCUGAUAUGAAAAAGCUCAGAGGAGAGCGCAAGUACGAUAAAUUAUUGGUGGUGCUACAGAGUUGUCUCAAGUCGAAUUUCGUUGGUAUAGAGAAUCCCAUCAUGUAUUCGCAUUGCUACUAUGGGACCAAGGAUCUCAUAGAGAGAUAUAAAACAGAAGUUGUGGCAUCGAUUAAUGCAAUCCUUACGACUGACAAAAUAUCUCUCUCUGAUAAGCAUACAUUCUUUAAGAUUGUUUCCCGAAAUUAUGGUAAAACUGCUUUGGCACUUUCUGGGGGGGCUUCCUUCUGCUAUAAUCAUUUUGGAGUCAUAAAAGCCCUUCUUGAAAAUGACCUUUUACCACAAAUUAUUAGUGGCACUUCUGGUGGUGGCGCUAUUGCAGGGUUGGUUGGAACCAGGACAAACGAAGAACUUCUCAAGCUUAUACAACCAAAACUAGCGCACCGAAUGACACUUAUUGGAAACGACCCCUUCCGAGUUUGGUUUAAAAGGUGGUGGAAAACAGGUGCACGGUUUGAUGCAGUUCAGUGGGCUCGCAUAGCUCAAUGGUGGACUAUGGGCUCUACCACUUUUAAGGAAUUGCACGAACGUACAGGAAAGAUGUUGAACAUAUCAACUGUACCUAACGAUAUUCAUUCUCCAACUAUUCUUUGCAAUGAGAUCACUUCUCCGAAUUGUUGUAUAUGGUCUUCGAUCCUAGCUUCUGCUGCCGUCCCUGGUAUAUUACAACCGGUGGUACUAAUGCAGAAGGCAAGCGAUUUAAAGACAAUUGAACCUUUCUCUUUUGGGAACAAAUGGAGAGAUGGUUCAAUGCGAACAGAUAUUCCAUUAGAGGCAUUAAAUGCUUACUACAAUGUUAAAUUUUCCGUUGUUUCUCAGGUAAAUCCACAUGUGAUGCUUUGGAUAUUCAAAAAUAGGGGUGACAUUGGUAAACCAAUUGUACGAAAGAGUGGAAAGACAUUCAGAGGUGGGUUUAUACCUGCAUACCUUGAGAAUUUGAUAAAAUUGGAGAUUAUAAAAUGGCUCAAGUUGAUUAGAGAAUUCCAGUUAUUUCCCAAUUUAGCAGAAAGCGAUUGGUCAAAUCUCUUUCUUCAACGAUUCGGCGGAAAUAUCACCUUGUUCCCUAAAAUUCGACUAACGGAUUAUAUGUAUCUUCUCAGUGAUCCAACAGAAGAACGAUUAGGAGAAACGAUAAAGAAUGGAGAACACGUUACCUAUCCAACCCUUCUUUUCAUUAAAAAUAGGCUUAGCAUUGAGAGGGCCAUUGCGAAGGGGCGUAAUGUGACGAAAGGCUACGGUAGGCAGGCAUCGCCAGAUGAGCACGAAGAAGAAAUUGAGUAUCAGUCUAGAGUCAAUCGUUAUGAUGGUGAUCAAGAAGAUACCAGUAUUUAUAGCGAUGAUUUGGACAGCUUUUAUGAUGAAGAUGAGGAUGAAGAAGUAGGCAACGCUGAGGAAACUGCAUACAAAAGAAGCUUUUUGGGAAUUCAGGAAGAACCAGCUGUACUUGGUUUUGAUAGAGACGGGGAGAUAAACGAUAAGGGUGAAGGUGAUACUAGAAAGACCAAAUGA